AGGGCCCACGGCCAUCUCCAUACUCCUCCGGCUCCUCUCCACCACCUUGUGCCAGAUUCCAGCAUAACAAUUGUGCCCGCCGUCUCGUCAUUACUACCCAUGGGCCCCAUGCUCUCCUGAUUGUCUCUGAUAUGCCUCUGGCCACCGCAGUUCCACUUCUCUCAGAUCCAGCCUCGAUGGCAUUCAUAUGAGGCGUCCUGGUCCCUAUCCCUCCCUCCCGUUCUUCCAUCCAUACCGUUACAAUAUCGACGACAGAUUGGCUUGCGUCCUCCUGAACAGGGCUUAUCUAUCACCCAUCAACCAAGCAUCAGUAUCAGAUAUACCGUCAGCACGCUCUCGGCCGGUCCUCCUUUCUGCCUCCAUAUCGCAUAUGCACAAUGGGUCUACGAGUAAAACUGCGGAGGACUUUUACGUCCAAGAAGAAUAGUGCGGGAAGCGAGACAGGGCCCAAUGGUGAACCAUAUUACACAGACCGGAAGGACAUUCAAUACUAUAAGCCCCACGAGAUCCCAAAAUCCAAGUAUCGGGGGAAGGUCGAUCCCGAACAUCAGGCCUCUCUGCAAGCCUUCUCUCUCGCAGACGCCUUCUCAACAGCCCGGAGGCGAACCUCACUCGCCCUCUCCGGCACGUUUUCCCCAGGGGGUACCAAGUCACAGAGUGCCGCGGCCAGUAGAGUGCACAGUAGAGCUGCUAGUCGGCGACCGUCGGUGCAGGAACUCCCCGGCUCAACGCUGAGAAACGAGAGUGGUGUGGACUCGGAAGGGAGUAGUAGUUCUUCGAACAGUACGAGCAGGCAGAAGAGCACUGCUGCAAGUGUGGCAUUCGAUGCGGAUACUGCGAGCACAUCUCUGUCGGACCAAGCCACAGCAGUCCCCUCUGCACCCGGCGAACCCAACAAUAAACUCGCCCAGCACGACAGUGGUAUUCACAUGCCUGAAUUGGCAGCUCUGUCCAAGCAAACCACUGGUCACGACACUCCAUUUACGGCCGAGGAGCUCGAACAAGCUAUGACGAGAGCGACACUGAAGCCGAGAGAUUUCGGCAACGGAGGGAUUGGAGUCGCUUUAUGAGAAAACCUUGGGACCAUCUGGCAAUGAGAUGGACCAAAUGAUGAUUUACGACGAGACUUGGACUUCAUCCGACAUUGGGAGGACACGAGACGAAAGUGACAAUCUUCAUGGAUACAAACUCGAAUGUACAAUUACUGCUUGACCCCGGAUCCCUCGUGGUUCCCCAACGAAUGUGGGAAAUCGCAAUGAAUGGCGACAAUUGUUGGUUAAGGGCAACUGGCAUCUAAGGACUUCUGGGCAUGCGGCAACACACUGCUCUCCUCGCACGAUUAGGGACAUACACAUGGCUAUGGCAUUUCUUGGUGUUUCGGUUGAUAACUUCUGCAUGGCACGGCGGGAUGGGUUUCUCAUUUAACACUUCUUUAUUUCCUCAGGGUCUACUAUUUUACUUGGAAACAACAAAUUCCACGGAGAAAACUGGGUAUAGACUGGGUCAGGCAUGGACAUUCUGGGGCUGGAGGUGUGAUCCUCUGAUCGUCCCCAAGGCUGGCUGGCUGGCUAUGAAAGAGAGCGAUCGGAUCGGGCGGAAAGUCUGGAUGCACCCUUCAGUUGCAGUGCAGGGAAUCUCUGGAAGUCAUCUUGGGUAACAGUAGCAGUGGCUCCCGCCCUGAAUCACACCAUUGGGCCUCACAUCCGAAUCAGUGGCCACUUUA